AUGAUCAUCAACAUUUCACGUUUCCUGCUGGUUUAUCUUUGGGUUGGAGUUCAAUUUCAAGGCAGUUCUGCGCAGAAUUAUAUAGAGGAUGUUGACACUUAUUAUUACGGGAACGAUAGACAUAAACAUGGCAGAAAGCUCAUAGAAGAUGGAGGUAUAGAUGAAUUUGGAGAAGAUGUUAUUUCGUUCGAGAAAGAUGGAGGUAACUUUGCGGAAGAUGGUGGUAACUUUGAAAGAACGAACGACAAAUAUUCGGAAAUUGAUAAGUUUGACAAAGAGGAUCUUCAACUUGAUGUUGAGAAGGAUAUUAGUGAUGGUAAGUCCUAUUUUUGUAUUUUUUUCUUUGAUAUUUAGGUAAUCUGUUGGAUAACAUAAAGAUUUUUAUGAAUUUUUGGGUAUAACUCUAAGUUCUGCUGCGUUUCUUGGUGUUAUAAAAUAGAAAAUAACACUAACUUUUUUAACAAACAAAUUUUAAUUAAUUUUUCUGCUUUUUAUUACCUAAAAAUGGUUUUACAUUGUUUUAGAUAAUUUGCGGGAUGAAGAAUUGAUGUCUUCACUUGAAGAUUAUAGAAACCGCAAGAAACGUGAGGCCACAGCGAUUCCAGGAAAUAAGACAGUUAAAACUACACCUACUACAAAAGGUACUACGUCUUUAGCCACGACUACAACAAAACCGACUGCUACAAAAGCAAAAGCAACAACGACUAUUAAAACCUCAACAUUAGCGCCUUCUAAAUCAACGAUUAAGACAACAACGAUCGCUACAAUCACAACAACGUUAAUAUCAAACGCAACAACUUCAUCGACAGCUAAAACGAACAGAACUUCACCGACAUCAACGAGGACUACAACAACAUCGUCUACAAGGAUCUCUACGACGACUACUAGCUCUACCAAAUUGACUACAAAGGCAACGUCUAAGCGAACAACAACUGAAGAUGAAUAUUAUGAUGAUAUAUAUGUUACUAAUCAAACUUCCUCGCGAAGGACUACAAUUGCUACACCGGCCUCCAAGAGUAAUAUGGUAAGUGGCAGAGUUUAAAAAUGUUGAAAUUAGAGCCUUUUGUUUAACUUUAUCAAAAUAAAAUAAUAUUAUUUUCAGAUAACGAUUGUAGCUGUCAUCGUGGUUAUAAUUCUCAUCAUCCUCCUUGCCAUAAUCAUCGGUUGGUGUAUCUACAAAAGGAGAACCAAAAAGAAGCAAGUACCAGACCCAAAGUUGGGGAAAAAGCCCAAGACAGUGGACGCAACGAAGCCAGCGACGCCAAAAGCUCCCAAUCCGACGACACCUACGAAGGAUAAGAAAUCGAACAGAAGCAUAGGCAAACGUGUAACACAGUCUUCGAAGAACGGGAAGAGCGUCAAGAAGACGGCCGCCGAGUUUAAUAUCGACGAGUUCAAGCCGGUCACACAGUUCCACGUGAACCCGAAGAACAUCAAGUUCAGGGGGCCAUUGGAGGUGCCGGAGGUGAUUGAUCCUGUGUCUGUAAGUUGAGAAAGAAUUAUGGAAGAUAGAUGAAAAGGAGAGUAUCUUUUCAUUAGAUGAAAAGGAGAAUAUCCUUUAGUGGUUUGUCUCAAAAAAUUAAUAUUUUUAACUCAAAAUUACCCUGCCCAGCACUAAUUUUUGGGUUUUUUAGAUAACAAAUUUUGAAACACCUCUUUUCAUUUCAUUUUGUAUACCAUUUUAUUGUUCUGGCAUUUCAUUUUCAACCUUUUACAGGACGAAGACGAAUCGACGGUAGAGAAGACAGAAGGCAAUUUCGUGAUCAGCGAAUCCUUCAUGGAGGCGGUAGAAAUCGGCGAGGGGGUAGAACGAAUCGGUGGAAAAACCGUGCAGAAGAAGUCACAGCCAUGGCCAAAAAAGAAAAAGUCGACAACGGAGAAAUUGACCAAAAGAUCAAAGAAACCAUCCAAGUCCAAAACGACCAGCAGCGCUUCCACCUCCUCGCUCAAAUCAGCCAAAAGGAAGAAGAAGAGCGGUUCCACGACGACCUGA